GCGUGCGUGCGUGCUUACGUGUGUGCGUGCCGUGAACUCGCCGGGCACCGCGGCCUCGCCCUCCGCCCCUGAGCCCCGCCACCCAGGCCGCCGCCCCCCGCCCGCGCCGCCGCCCCGACGGGGAGGACCAUGGCGAAGGUGGAGCAGGUCCUGAGCCUCGAGCCACAGCACGAACUCAAGUUCCGAGGUCCCUUCACUGAUGUCGUCACCACCAACCUAAAGCUUGGCAACCCAACAGACCGAAAUGUAUGUUUUAAAGUGAAGACCACAGCACCACGCAGGUACUGCGUACGACCCAACAGUGGGGUCAUUGACGCCGGGGCCUCUCUCAAUGUGUCUGUGAUGUUACAGCCUUUCGAUUAUGAUCCCAAUGAGAAAAGUAAACACAAGUUUAUGGUUCAGUCUAUGUUUGCUCCGCCUGACACUUCCGAUAUGGAGGCAGUAUGGAAGGAGGCAAAACCAGAAGAUCUUAUGGAUUCAAAGCUUAGAUGUGUGUUUGAAUUGCCAGCAGAAAACGCUAAACCACAUGAUGUAGAAAUAAAUAAAAUUAUACCCACAAGUGCAUCCAAGACAGAAGCACCGGCGGCCACUAAGUCCCUGACGUCAUCCCUUGAUGACACCGAAGUGAAGAAAGUGAUGGAGGAAUGCAAGCGGUUGCAGGGAGAGGUGCAGAGGCUUCGGGAAGAGAGCAGGCAGCUCAAGGAAGAAGACGGGCUUCGGGUGAGGAAGGUACUGCAGAGCAACAGCCCCAUGGCAGCUCUGGCUGCCACUGGGAAGGAGGAAGGUCUCAGCGCCCGGCUGCUGGCUCUGGUGGUUUUGUUCUUUAUCGUUGGUGUCAUUAUAGGGAAGAUUGCCUUGUAGAGGCCGCAUGCAAAGGAUGGCAGAUUGGAUUGAUGGAUCUACCAUAUCAUGGGAUUUAAAUUUAUCAUAACCAUGCGUAAAAAGAAAUUAAUGUAUGAUGACAUCUCACAGGUCUUGCCUUUAAAUACCCCUCCCCAUGCACACAAAUGCACACACAAAUAUAGCGUAAUAUAAUGAUCUUUUAGAAAGUUAAAAAUGUAUAGCAAAUGGGUGGGGAAAGGAUGGUCAAUUACUGAAGGAUGCCGUGAUUAAUCACAGUGGCAUAUUGUAGCUGUCACGUUAAACUCGGGUAGGCCUGGGCACAUGUUGCUAGAUCACGUCUCUUAAAGCAAGAAGCUCUUCCUCACGUGUUGGGGCUGGCCCAUGGGAGUGCGAGUCGUGCGAGGUGGGGCGUGCUGUCUUUUCUCACCCAGGUGGCCUCCCCAGGCCUGCUGUUCUGUCCAAGCAUUAGCUCCUCAGACCUACAGAGCUACAGACGCCAAAAUGCAUUGCACAGUGGCCACAUCUUGUGUACCUGUAGGUGGUGAGAGAGGCGGGAGUGGACUGACUGGCCCAAUACUUGGAAAUCGACGUCUGUACUCUGUUCUCUUAGAGGGACCAAGCUAAAUUACUGUUGGCUCGUGUAGUGAAAUUGAGCUGUCCAUCAGAGAUGGUAAUGCGUAUUUAACUUAUUUAAUGUAGUUCAUCCCAUGUGUUCCUACUGUCACCAGAGUACAGGCAGUGCUGCAGCCCGCACGUCCCUUUGCCACAGACCACAGUGAGGGACUGCUAUGUGGGCAUGGUGGCUCCGUGUCCCUGGAGGUCUGAGGGAUGGGGAGGGCCUGAGUUCGAGACAGCUGCCAGGAAGCCUUCUGUUGCAGGUCUGUAGCAGGUGUCCUGAGGACAGUCAGCUCUGUUAUCCGGUCUUCUAGACUGUUCUUCUCUCCCAUACCAGUCCCCCUUCCAGAACACAGGCCAGGUCUGACCUGCCCUUCUCAGGAUGAAUGAGUCAGGCUGCAGAGGACGAGGGCCAGGGAGGUCAGGGGGGAAAGCACCUCAGCAAAUCCAUCUGCUGGUGAUGAAGAAUCUUGACUGUGAAUUAAUUUCAUGCCGUAAAAGACUGAUCCAGUUCUGCUCAACUAAGUAGCAUCGUAAAGGAAGAGAUUAAAAUAAAGCCCCAAAUUAAGAGUCCUUUUGUCAUUUUGUCACAUUUGCUGUGUGUGGGAUUAUUAUUAUCAAUCAUCGUUAGUGUGCUAUGGAAGGUUGAUUUUAAAAUGAACUCUGUCGGUGGGAAACACACGUUUAAUGAUUUGACUCUACACACAUCUGUGUACACACACAUACAUAUAUUACUAUUGCUUUUAUUAUAUUUUUGGUUGGCUUCAGCUAACAGCACAGAAAAUAAAGCUGCUGCCAUCUCGGGUUCGCUGUCCUUCCCCUUCUGUGACCUUGGCCCUUCAGUGGCAGGCCUGAAGGGUCUGACAGGACAAGCCCAUCUAAAUGAAGAGACUGACCUGGACACCUCGAGCCACACUGCUGCGGUGCCUGACUAGCCAGCUGGGUGAACCUUGAGCUGGGUGAGAGGGGCGUCUGGGCGGUAAGCAGCCCCAGGAGCUCUCAGGGAAUGCUGAGCAGCCCUGGUUUCCUCCCCAAGUCAGUUUCUGGAUCCUUCCAUGUACCUGAGAAAGGGAGGGUAAAGACUGAGCCGAGAGUGCUGACCUUCUGCCACCUGGCUUUCCAUAGUGGCCUGAGAUUUGGCAGUCACAAGUGCUGCCAGUAAUCCUGCUGCAGCUUCUUUUGGCCCCUCCAUGCUUUGAGAAUGGAGUGACUCAGGACCUCCGUCAGGACCUGGGGUAUCAUCUAACUGACACCAGAGCCAGGGUCUGCAAGUGUGAAGGGAUGUCUGUGUGUGCCAGGACAACUCUUGAGAAGCAGAGUCACUAGCGGAGUAGUGUGUCCAGGAGCUGCCCGGCUUGGGCCAUGGAAGGUGGCUGUGUGUUUGCUGUGAGAAUGCACACGGUGGGCCAGGGUUGCAGGCGCUUCUGCUCUAGGGGCAACAACAACAACACCCCUCCAGAUAGAAAGAUACCCUUCCUUUGUUUGGUACUCGGGAGCCCUUCCUCAGAUGACUGGCUGAGCGUGGUAGUUUGUGGGACUUCCUAACCGAGGGGAGGGUGGAAGGUUUAGGUUAGCAAGGCAGACUGGGUAACUGUCCGAGUCACCCUGGCCAGUGAAGAAUGUGCUGGUAGAGAGAGAGGUGUUGGCAGGAAGAAAACUUACAUGUGGGCUCUGAAGAGAGCUGUGCACAUUUGGGGUGUCUUCUCUGAAAAUUUCAGAGGAAAAAAAAAUGAGUAAGGCAAAGAGGAGGUGAGUAUGGCUCUCUGUCCCAGAAGUCUGCUGUCUCCAGAGAAGACAGAGUCAGAUGUUCUGGGAGGUGUAAAGCUGAUAUUUGGUGUGAUGACAGCCAUGAGGCAGCCUGGGCAAGUCCUCCAUGAUUGCUGGGCCUCCUGCCCCUCCUCACUGGGUAUCCUGGCUUUGGAAGCACCAACUACAGCACUCACAGAUGACACAGUGGCAGAGUCCCAUCAACUGCUAUUGAUUGGAUUUCUAAGUUGAUAAUUUAAGCUUGGAAAGAUACAGAGCACCUCUUAAAGACAGCAGGCGCUAUUAUCUGUCAGUGUGAAGCCCUGGCUUUAAUUUUUUUCUCCUCCUAGUUUGCAUGUUUUCCCUCUCUGGUCUUUUAAACUGCUGGCACCAGCAGUAAUAAAUACUGAUAAAAUCAAAAUUGAUUUUUACCAGUGGACAGUUUAUGCCUAGAGAGACAGCUUAUACCUACAUAACACAGAAGGGGGAAUGAAGAACCUCCAGUGAGCCGUGAAAACCUAACUGCUUUCAAACAAAUCCUAGGAACAGCAUUGCUGUGUGAAGAUAGCAGUGCCCAGCCUGCGGCUGUGUUGAGUCAGACAGAACUGGAUGCAGCGAGAGUUCAGAACUAAAUAGCCCUUCAGAUUAAUUUGAAAACAAGCCCUGUGUGUGCACAUGUGUGUUUGUGUGUAGCAUAUGCGCUGUGUGUAAUAGUUUGACAGUUCCCAAAUGGUGCCGGUAUUUUUUUUUUCACACAGAUCUUGGUGUUUUCAAACUCAAGAGUGCAUGCCAAAAUGCAGUGUCAUUUGUCAUUUUCAGCUCCUCAAAAUUAACUGGCCCAAGUGCAAAUUUCUAGUUACAGUUUGCAAAAUCCUUCUUCUAAGUGAGAGAUGGAGACACAGGAGAGUUGGUCCCAUGAUUGAGGUCAUCUGUAUACCUGGGUGACAUUCUCCAGGAUAGAGGCCCAUAUUUCCCUUGCUUAUCGGGGUAGUCACGUGUCCUACCAGCUGUCUACUGUGAUGGAGGGGACAAGUAAAACUUUGCAAGUAACCGGAAGGCACCAGACUCAUCCUAAUUACACUUGGCCGUGUUUGCUGUUACUGAGAAUGAAUGCUUUUCAAAGCCAGGCAGAAAUGUAAUUGUGUUUAAAAGUGCCUUGCAAAGCGUAGAUGGAUGGGUGCUGUUUGCAGCAUAGGGAGGCCCUGCCAUCACUCUCUGGGAUCAUCACCCACUGGCUCCCUCAGGGGUUCCCUGGCCUGAUUGGACAUAGAGGUCUUUUCCCUCCUCAAACAAGAGCUCCUAUCAAGGGAACAGUUGCCAGUGCCAUCCUGGCUUCAGAGCACCUCCACAAAACCUCACACUGGGCUCUGCCCUGUACAUAGGGAGACAAAAGCUUCAAUGCAUUGAGUGGGCAACCUAUUAGUCUUGAGCUCAGUCAGCCCCAGCUUGUGCGGACAUUCUAAAGCGCCGCUUGCUUGAGAUCUGUGGAUCAAUGGAGGGAACAAGGUGGAGGGAGGUAUUUGCUGCCCAGCAAGUCAGCUCAUAUGCGUUGUCAUGUCUGCCUCCCCGACCCAGCCGGUUUUUCCAGGCUGAGAAGGAAGAACCAGGGCUCUGGUGUGGUCUGAACACAUCCCACAUGAUGAAUACAUGUGGCUGUUUCCAUUACUCUCACUGCCCCUGUGCCUGGGGAAUUAUGGGGCUUUAGAAAGAAAAUUACCACUGUGUCUCAGUGAGGGGAGGCCGCUCUGUCUGGAGGCUCCUCAUAACUUGUAAAUUAAAUGUGAAUGAGAGAAGUUCAUUAAAAUUGGCAUUAUAGAAGUGGCCUGUUGAGGUUUGAAAGCAGCUGAGCUCAUGGUGUUGGGGCUCUCUCUGAACCUGUGGAGAAAUACAUGAGCAAGUGACAGACGACUGGCACAGGAGCCUCCGGUGCAGACAGCUUGGGCGCUGUGAGUGCAUUGUCCCCCUGGCUCCUGGUCCUCCCAUGGUCACUGCUUGCUCAACACGUGAGGCUCAGCCACUAAGAGUACCUGCUACUUGGGAUGCACAAGGGAACCAGGCCCCGAGGGAAGGGGACUAGAGCCAUUGACAUAGCACUGUUUGCAGUUUUCACCCCAGUUCAUUUAUUCCCAUCACAGAGGCAUGUGUAAAAAUUUCAAAGGCACAGCACACAUGAACAUCUGUAUUGUGUUUAAGAGAGAUAUGGGAAGGUGGAGGAAGGGUGGUUUUGAUGAAUAUAAUAAUUACCUUAGGUUUUUUUUUCUCCCUUAAUGGGAUUAAUUUAUUAGAAUAUGUGUGCAUCUGCUCUGCAGAAGAGGAAGGAAAACUAGCAACAAAAACAUAGCUAUUAUCCAACUUGCCACAAACAUUUGCAGUUCUGAUACCUUGGAGUGUUGCCACAGUGUGGAUCACACUGAGAACACGCCGUUGGGAGGAAGGGUGGCUGUGGGCACUGCCGCCGUGUAAAUGCUGACGAUUAUUUUGAACCAGAAAGCACUGAUCCUGUAACAAUGCAAUACGGUUGUUGUAUUGCAGCGAGGGGCUGAUGCAGGUUUAAUCAUCUCCCUAAUGGAUGUGGGUGCAGGGUGGAUGCUCUGCCCUGCUUUCCAGCCUGCAUCCUGAUGAGCCUCGGGAGCCGGCAGGGCCAUUGCAUGGUAGAGCUGCAACCGCAGCUCUGUUUCCCUGAUGCUUAAAAGCCACGUCCGGCCGAAAUAAAACAGAUCACCUGUGACUUUCUGUCUCCCUUCAGAAGACACCAACUAUGGGAGACAAAUCAGAUCUUUUAACACAGUCUCAUUAAGGCUCCGUGCUAACAAGAGCACAGAGCUUACAUGACUUCCGGAGAUGAUGAAUUAGCAUGUGCGCACCACACAUCGACUUACCAGCUCUCCCUGUAACACAUAAAGGCCUCCAUCUUUUUUAUGGACAGGCUGCCUGCAUUCCCAUCUCUUUGCUUUUUAGAAGUAAGCUAAAUUCAGCUGCUAGCUCUCUUGUGCAGCAUUUAUUAAAAAAAAAAAAAAGCCUUUUCUCAUUGAGCCUCUUACAUGGCUUCAAAGGUCAGAAUUUAUUGUCUGUGAUAGUGAAACCAUGUGUACGAAACUGCCUUCUGCUCAUGAUCCAUGCAGCAGCCGUUCCUAAAGCACUUCCCUUAUUUUCUGCGCUAGAUGAGGCACCGAGAAACUAGUCAGUAGGAGGCAUUUGGCGUUAGUGUGUUUCGCUGGUAAGCGGCCUAAGAUCUGUGCUCUUAUGUAGAAAAAUGGAAAAUGCAUCAGGCCUUGUUUUUGUGCUGGCAUUUCUUCUGUUGUUCUGGUUUUUUUUUUUUUUUGUUGUUGUUGUUGUUUUGUUUUGUUUUUUAAUAAAAUAUAUGAAAUGCUGGCAUUUGGAACUUGCUAUAAUAAACACUAGAUAAUGUUCCCAUCACCGCCCCCUCCCCGUCUAAGGAGAAAAACAGCCUCAGUAAUGCAUGCCGUUCCCAUCCGGCUUCACAUACUUUCUCAUCUCAAAGAUCUGCAGCCUGUGACUGUGUGUGUUCAUUCUGGCCUCAAUAUACGUCAACAUUUUGGGGACUGAGUAUCUUAAGAGCUGUUUUAGAAUGCUGCUAUUUUCAUAAUCUCUCCUUUAUGCAUUUAAGCUGUAUUUCCUGUUCAUUCACAAAACCAGAGCGGGAAAGGACUCUUCACCGUCAUGUGCUUCUGUUAUCUGAUGUGUGAUAAAUCCAUGGUUUUCUGGCUGACUUUACAUUUCCCAGAGGGAAGGAGACAGAUUUCUACAGUGUCCAGACCAAAAGAGCCGUGUACCAAGCAUUGUCACAUGUGUGUUGGUCUGAUGAAACCUGCCCUGCCCCGGUAUAAACUUCCCUGUGAGCUGUCUCCAUAUCAUGUUCAAUAAAUUCUAUGCUCUGAAUAUAUUUAAA